ACACACCAUCAUCCUAAAGACCAAAUCCUGCUCCACUUCUGAGGAGCACUAGAUCAGAAAACCUCAUGAGAAUAUCUGCUGGGUUUAUCUUAUGGAUCAUCUCCUGAAGGAUUCCUCUUAAGCAGCAGCCUAUUUAAAAGUGGGGCCCUGUGCAGAGUUGACUACUUCCCACCAUCAUCCUGUACUUUACUUCACCAGAGGCAUCAAGAGUCUGCUUAGGAUGCCUUGCCAAAGCCGUGCAGGUCACGUGAUUUUGCUCCUCUUCGCUCUUUCCUUGUGGGCUGAAUGUGUUACUUGUGGCUCCAGCUUCCUCAGCCCCACCCAGAAGCCACAGGGCCGGGGAGACCGAAAGCCACCUCGAGUGGGGCGAAGAGCUGCAGCUGAGAUAGAUGUUCCUUCUUUGGAGGACAACCGCCUAAUGAUGAGCGCACCUUUUCAGUUGGGGUUCUCUUUGAGUGAGGGGGAAUAUGAAGAAUACGGUCCAGUGCUGCAGAGGAUCCUGCUGGAUGUUCUUGGUGAUGCACCUCCUUUAGAGUGAUCAAGCUAUCAAAUUCUACAAGGAAUUGUCCGACAACUCACCAUCAAAAAAUCCUACCAGCUACCAUUCACUGUUAAAUCGAUUAAUUAAAAUUCUAAAUUGA